CCCGCUGGGUCCACCCCGCCGCCCCCUCCUCCUUUGUUGGGCACUAAUGGCCGCUCUCCAUAUGCACGGCAGCAUCUGUUCCUGCCAGCGAGAUUUGCAUGGCUAAAUGUAAAUUGGGUGUUUUAUCAUUUAUCAUAAACGGGAGGGGGGGGCGGCCAAGCCCGGCCAAGUUGUCACCGGCAAUCACACGGCUCAUCCUUCGCCCCGCCACCUGCCCUGGGUGGGGAGGGACAGCGAGGCCGCCUGGGGACAUCGGGGUGGGCUCAGCACUCCCCCAGAAUCACCCCUGAGGUGAGAGGGUGAUGCGGGUGAUGGAUUUGGUGUCCGGCUUUCCGCUGCCUCCCCCGCUGGCCGUGUCCCCGGGAUGUCCCCACCCGUCCCGUCCCUCCCAGCCCGGCCGCAGCGCCUCCCUCGCCUCCUGCCCACCCCUCCAUCCUCGGCCGGACCUCGGAGCGCGGCGCAGCGAUCCCACCCUGGCCAUGAAGGGUCCCCUGAGCGGAGGGAUGUUCUCCCGGCAUGUCAAACGGCACCCCGGACUCGUUCCCCUCAUUGGCUUCAUCAGUGUGGGCCUGGGCAGUGCAGUCCUGUACCUGCUGCGGUUGGCACUGUACAGCCCAGAUGUCAGCUGGGACCGGAAGAAUAAUCCUGAGCCCUGGAACAAGCUGAGCCCCACAGACCAGUACAAAUUUCUGGCAGUUUCCACCGACUACAAGAACCUCAAAAAGGAGCGGCCCAGCUUCUGAGCCACCUCUGGGACGUGCUGGGGUGGAGGGGGAGCCCCCCACAGCCCCCGAGCUCCACCACAGCUCCCCCAGCACCCCCAAACCGCGUGCUCGUGUCCCACCCCCCAAUAAAGCACAUCCCUGGGGGUGCCCCCUCACCCUCACCUCGUGCCUGCAUGAAACUCAGCACUGGAA